UCAAAGUGGAAAAAAGAGAAACAAAAUAGAUCUUCAUAUUUUGGCUGAUAGUCAAUUUUGGCUGGUUCAAAAGAAUAAAAAUUGGUAAAAAGUAGAAUUUUCUAUUGGUUUGGUUCGGCUGCUGUCUUGUUUUGUUACGUGCUAUCGUCUUCAAUUGCGGAAAAUCGAAAAUGAUACGAUUCAUAUUGAUCCAGAACCGUGCGGGGAAGACCCGGCUGGCCAAGUGGUACAUGAACUUUGAUGAUGACGAAAAGCAGAAACUAAUUGAGGAGGUACAUGCCGUCGUGACGGUUCGCGAUGCCAAGCACACAAAUUUCGUCGAAUUCCGUAAUUUUAAAAUUGUGUACCGGAGGUAUGCCGGAUUGUACUUCUGCAUCUGCGUGGACGUGAACGAUAACAAUUUGUGUUAUCUGGAGGCAAUUCACAACUUUGUAGAGGUGCUUAAUGAAUAUUUCCAUAAUGUGUGCGAGCUGGAUUUGGUGUUCAAUUUCUACAAAGUGUAUACCGUGGUGGACGAGAUGUUUUUGGCCGGAGAAAUACGGGAAACGUCCCAGACCAAGGUAUUGAAACAACUGCUGACGUUGAAUUCGCUCGAGUAGAGUGGUGUGCGGUUGGAAAAUGUACCCCCAAAUGGCUUUUAUCGCUGAUUUGUUCGCCGGAGAAUGGACCAGUUCUUCAUAUAAGUGACCAAUUUAUUUCCAUAUUAUGCAAUAUUAGUAUCGUAAAUGUCAUUGGAAAAUAGCUUCAAUGGCAUCUUAAAGGUAGGACAAUUCUUUCUGUUGCAACAUGGGUUCAAUAUAAGAUAUUCCUCACCUUUUUGAGCCAUACAGAAGAGUUAUAGAGCGAAUCUCAUACAAGCACCCUGCCCUCGAUGCAUGGGUUCUUACCCAUCAUUAAACUGCCAUUUUAUCUUUUCAGCAAAUUUCCCAUGCACUAGUUGCUUAACAGGUCCAACGAUAUUCAGUCGUUUCGCGAUCACAUAUAGAAAAGUUUUCAACACAACAGCGUAAAUGGAACAAAAACAUUACAAAUGAAAUUUAACCAAAUUUGCAUUCCUUGUUACGAAAAGAACAAAGUUAUUUAGGUAAUCAAGCGUACUGAUAUCGUUACACCUUAAGUAUAUUUGCUUCUCUUAACUCAAUGAGCAAUCGAAUACCGACGGAUUAUUGUUCUAAUCAAAACAUCUAUGCGUCAGUUUGUCAUAUUCUAAUAGUGUAACACAAAGGUGAAAUUACAACAACUGGAGAAUAAUUGUAUAGAUAAUUCACUACAGGAACAUUAAUUGCACUCGGCGUGUUUAGCAAGACAUGUUGAAAGACGAACAAUAUACUAUAUUAUGAUGGCAUAUGAAACAACGCUGUAUUGCGAGUGUAGAUGGUAAUUCAGAAAAUAAAAAAUAUCGUUAUUAUUCAUAAUCUGCAACAAUUGCUCUAACAACUGUGUAAAAACUAGUUAAUAAUAAAUGUAUGAAGUAAGAGAA